AUAAACACUCGGCUCAUGUGUCCUCCGCGCUGCGCUGCUCACUCUCACCGCGCUCCAGGCUCCAGGCAGCAGCGGCAGCACUGUGCUCUCUGCGGCCCGAACAACAGCUCCAGCAGGCGGACACUAAGCGCUGGCACAGACCCCAGGAUGGAGAAAGACUCUCCAGCCAAACCAUCGGUGGCUGAACUGGCUGGGAGAUUCAAAGGCCAUAUUCUACCCAUGCCCACAUCAAAUGACCAGCCACCAAGAAGAAGAAGACCUCCAUGCUCUCUGAAGUUACAAAACCAAAAAGAUGAUAAUGAAGAUUCUCCAAAGACAAUCUCCCCUUCCAACCCUCUGAAAGUUAGAGCACGGAACUCUGCACUUAUUGAGAAAUUACAGGCCAACUUAGCUCUGUCACCCACUGCUCUGCUGCCUUCACCCAAGAGUCCAGACGUGAAGCUGCAGCCGCCCCCCCUGUCCCCGCCCAGCUCACACAGCCCGCCGAGCCCCCUGAGCCCGUUGACACCCCUGAGCCCCAGCCUGAGGCCCCCACAGCCAUCCAGUGAGGAGGAGGAGCCCGUGGGCUUCGAGACGCCGCCGGAAGGGACCACUCUGCCCAACUUCAAUAAGACCCGAGCGCGCCUGUCAUUCAAGCGCCGCCCUCCCACCAGACAGCACCGCAAAUCGGCUGGAGAAGAGCCCACGUCCCCCGAGAGCUCCGCCUCCCCAUGUGAACUGUCCCACCCCACCGAGAACGGCCUCGGCGAUCAGGUUUUCCCCAGCCCCACAGAGGAAGCCACUAGCGGGCCAGGCGAGCAGGAGAAGGAGGGAGAUAGAGACUGCGACACGAUAGCGGAGGAGGAGGUGACACGGGGUCAUCCAGAAGAGAAGUCAGAGUCGGAGGAGCAGACAGGAGAGGAGCAGGGGAAAACAGCAGAAGGACAGGAAGAGGAAGAGCAAGAGCAGAAGCCCCCCUCGGAGCACUGUGCCGAUGAGGGAGAGGGGAGCGAGGAGAAGAUGGAGACCAGGUCUGAGGAAGCAGAUAAGGAUGGAAAUGAAGGAAUUUGAACUGUGAAAAUGCUUUGUUUUUCAAUGCUUUUAUUGACACACAACACACCAAAUGAGCUACAAGCAUUGGAUAAGCAGAUAGUAAGGUUUUCAGUGGACAGUUUGGAGUAGGGUUGAAAUUUGAAUGGAUGCAAUUAGCGAAUAGCAAAGCAUGCAGUUUUUCAACAAAAUCUCCUGUCUUAUUCUGUAUCAAAACUGCUAACCCAGUAGUUUAGAUCCGUACAAGCAUGUUUCAGAAAUAUGAAUCAUGUAUUAGUUCAUCAGUUCUUCUGGAUAGGCCUGUCACAAUAACACAUUUUUAAUCAGAAUAUAUUGUACAGAGAAAUAUUGCGAUAAACGAUUAUAGUGAAAAUACUUAAUGCCUCUGGCAGAAAGCAGGAUAAUCUCAGUAAAACAAUUAAAAUAGUCAGUAUCAUCUUUAAAAAGCCUAAGCUGCAACAAAUAAAUGGCAGAAUGACUAUAAAUUUACAACAGAAGUUAUUUAAUCUAGUCUCUGCAACUCAGAUCUUAUCGUAUUACAUAAAAAUGGCAAAAAGCUCCCCAUUAUUGAAAGAAAUUGUACACACGAUAAAUUUUGAGCCCAAAAUAUAUUGUUCCAGCAUUCAUAUAUUGAAUGAUAAGUCAAUAUAGUAAUUAUCGUAACAGGCCUAGUUCCGGACACGUUUAAAAUAUUAACUUUGGACAGAAUCCUAUUAUUAAAACAUAAACCGCAAAUCUAAUUGCGGUUGUAAUGCUUGUCAGAAAAAUUGAAAUUGGAUCUAAAAAUAUAUAUUAUUUUUAAACAUACAGCCAUAUUUCCAUUUUUACUCAUUUGUUCAUUUUUCAAAAAGACAAAUCUGAUAUACUUGAGGACAAACUGGGCAUGAAGAAAAUAUUGGUGCCAAAUAUCUGUUAAAUUUUCAAUAUUGGAUCAAUACCGAUAUCUGGGAAACGCCUACAAUUCCAGAUUACCACCAAUACUGCUCUAAGAGCCGAAAUAUCACACAUCCUUAAGUAAUGAUGAAGUACUCCGUUCUGUUACUUAAGUAAAAGUACAAAUACAGAAGCAAAAAGUGACUCAAGUAAAAGCAAAAGUAUCACUUGAAAAAAUACUUAAAGAGUCAAAAGUGAAAAUAUUUCACAUAAGUGUUGCUAAUUUUUUAAAGUGCAAAUGUAGUGAUAUUGAUUAAAAAUUAUAGAUAUUUUGGUCAACAGUAACAAUAUGAAUUAGUUUCUUAAUUUUUGUUAUGAAUUUUGUGUAUGCAGCUUCGAAGCUGAAGCUUGAGCUCAACAACUUUAGUCAGAAUAUUACCACUAACAUGAUAAAAAUAACUCCUCAAAUCACAUGAAAAAAUGUCCAAUUCAAAAAUGUAGUGGAGUAGAAAGUACAGAUACCUGCUCUCAAAAGUAGUGAAGUAAAAGUAAAGUUUCCACUGUAAAAUUUACUUAAGUAAAGUACAGACAAUGUAUUUAAGUACUGUACUUUACUACUUUUACUUUGUUACGUUCCACCACCGAUGAUGCCAAUACUUUGCUUUUGAGUAUCUGCUAGAACCAAAUACACGGAAUCUUUUCUUAAGGAAAUAGAUCAAACUGUUCCAAAAAGGCUUUUUAUAUGAUGAUCAUUUCAUUUAUUUUUAUCAGUAGUUACGUGUAAGAAUCAUUAUCAGUGCAUCUCUACUUUCAGUUUUAUCCAAAUACACCCAUGACUAAGAAUGUUACUAUAUACACGCAGCCAAGUGUAACUUCAAAUGUUGUUUUUUAAGGCAACUUUCUAUGGAUGCCCUGUGGUUUUCUGUUUAUCUAUGUACUUGUCUCCAUUUUAAGAACAGGUCGACAACACUGGCAGUUUUCAACCAAUGCUGCUGCUCUUUCCAUAUCAGCCUACAUAGUAUUUUACUUUAUAUGAAGAAAUACUUUUAUACUCAAAUCAUUGUCAAGAGCACAUGCCCUCUGUAUUUCACUAGUUCAUGUUAGCAGGUAUUUAUUUUGAAAUCCGAGUUUCUGUCACUGUAGGCGGUGUGAACCUUGCAUUCCUAUCUUACUGGAGAACAGUUUUGUUUUUCUUGGAUUUGCUUUUACUGUAUUUUGUGUACUCAAAAGUAUCUAUACCUCUGCACUGUGGAGUGGCUCAGGUCCUCGAAAUUAUGCAAAUAAUUAAAGUUGUAAAUAAGACAAAUGUGUGUAGAGUGAACAUAUUAUGCUUUGAAGUUAUUGUGUAUCUGUUGUUGAGAGAGACCUGGGGUAUUUUGUCCCUUCUGACUAGAUUAUGGUUCAUUUAUCCAGUUUAGCAUGAACGAGUAGUGUAAGGACAUGGAGUUUUGUCGACCUCUGCUGGAGGUUCCAAGCAUGACAACUUUAUGACAAAAUGUUUUAUUACUUGUUACCAAAAUCAGUAUAUUUAUGCAGUAAUUAUGCAAUGUGAUACUUUAGCCAUUCACCAUGAAAAGACCAAACAAAUGGUAUAUGGUGUCCUGUAUCCAAAGCAGCUAAUUUGCAUAGCCCACUUAACUGUUCCUGUUGUAGUUUAAAGGUACACUAUGAAAACUCUGGGAGGGGGAAUCCACUACCUGCUAGUCUCCAUAGAGAUGUUAUAUCUUUGCUUGUAAUAUUCCCCAAUAUAGAACGUCAUCUACCUUGCAUUUAUUCAAUUACUUGUGUUUUCCUUAUAAAAUAAAAAAUACCAUAAAAACAUUUUGACAGUGAGGGGGUUAGAUGUAACUCUGUUUGUCUUCAUGUAAAUAUACUAGUUGAAAGCCAUACUGUGGCACACACACGCAUAUACACAAUAAAGACAGAAGAAAACAG